AUGCCGCCCAAGGACGACAAGAAGAAGAAAGAUGCUGGAAAGUCGGCCAAGAAGGACAAAGACCCUGUGAACAAGUCGGGGGGCAAGGCCAAAAAGAAGAAGUGGUCCAAAGGCAAAGUUCGGGACAAGCUCAAUAACCUGGUCUUGUUUGACAAAGCCACGUAUGAGAAGCUCUGUAAGGAAGUUCCCAACUACAAGCUCAUCACCCCGGCGGUGGUCUCCGAGCGGCUGAAGAUUCGCGGCUCCUUGGCCAGGGCAGCCCUUCAGGAGCUCCUCAGCAAAGGACUUAUUAAACUGGUCUCAAAGCACAGAGCCCAGGUGAUUUACACCAGAAACACUAAAGGCGGGGAUGCCCCUGCUGCGGGAGAAGAUGCGUGA